AUGUCCGACAACGAAGUUACCAUUGUCAUCCCCUCCUUCCCUCCUUCUCCCCCUACCUCUCCUACAAGGACCAUGUCUGCCUCCCCAGAAUGGUUCACUACUCCGGUCAAGGCACCCUACAGGCCUUCUCCUCUAUCCUCCUCUAUCCCUUUGACCGCCAUGGAGCAACUGGAUCCUUUCAGCCAAGCUUUCAACGAGGGUUCUGAGGCUCUCUCUUCUGAUCCCGAAACUCCCCCUCUUUCUCCCACAAGAAGCAUCUCCUCCGUCUCCAUGGACCGAAGAAGCACUUCAAGCUCUUCUGGCUCCGACGAAGAGAUUCUUACUCCCUCUGAUAUACCUCGAAGGCCAUCUCUUCAGCACCACAAGGGCAUGCCUCCCUCAUAUUUCGACCUGGAAACAGUCACACAGGAACAACGAAAACACAGGAAAAACAAGUACAGGGCUAGAUUCCCAAGUGCUCCUGUAAGCGGAUCCAUCACCCCCAUGUGGAAAAUUGAAGAAGAGACGAAAUCCCACGGUCUUUCCCAAUUACUCGACCCCUUCGGUGGUCUCGCCCCCCAUUCAAGAAGGGAUUCUGAACCCAAUUACAUCCUGUCUGAGGACUCUUUCGUUCUCACUCACGUCCCAGCCAAAACCGUGUCCCUUGCCGACUUCAAGCCCCGAAUGAUUCGAGUACCUAGAUGGCAACGACCAAUCUGCAUCGCAGUCAUGUCAGUACUCCUUUUCGGUUCCCUAUGCAUGGUCUCUUGGUUUCAACAAUCCAUCACAUCUGCUGAACACGCCAAAGUCAUCAGACAGGGUGAAUGGAUGAUCAAGCAUGCUGCAAUGGCUAAAGCUGAAUCUGACGCUGUUGUGGACACUGAACCUGGAUAUCGAUAUGAAGCACCUAAACAUCAUUCAUUGAAGGUGCAACAAAAACUUGCCAAACGAGCCGAGGCCGGAUUUACCGCUCAUGCCGCUGUUCAAGCCGCCGCCAACGCACCAAUUGCUUUUCAGAUGAACAAAGAGGAGGAACUCGCCGCCUUGAUGUCUUUCAUCGUCGGUACAGCUGCCAAUACUCUACCUGAAAUCGACACUACCGACUCUCAUUCAUUGGAAGGUUUCCUACCAUUUGAUCCCCGAUCUCCCCAAGCCAAAAGAGAAAUCGAAGAGCUUUCCCGAGCUCAUUGGGAAGAUCACCCUGUCAUGGUUCUCGGUAACAUGCGAGACCCUAAGAUGAGAGAGGUCAGAGCUUUACUCAAACGAUAUACCGUCAAGCCCGAACCUUUCUACGUUGACGUCGACCAACGAAGUGAUUCUGCUUAUCUUGCUCCCACUCUCGAACGAUUAAUGGGUAAACAAGACACACCUUAUGUUCUUCUCGGAGGAAAGAACAUUGGAUCUUCUACCAAACUUUUGGAAAUGGAAAAGAAAGAAACUCUUAUCGAGAACGUUUCUGCUUCAGGAGCUUCUAUUGCGAAGAGACUCAAGAGGAAUAAACAUCAAAAAGAAGAAGAGAGAAAGGAAAACGAACGUGUUCUUGGCCCCAGACCAAUCUUUGAAUAG